AUGGCAGGACCGGGCAGCAUUUCCCAUCGCACCUCAAGCAGCAAAACAGGAUGCACCGACCCUGCAGAUAAGCCUGGUGGAAGAAGUAGACUUGGUGGCUAUAGCACCAGGAGUCUCUCAACCAUAGGUGGAAUCAGAAGAAUUUCUUGCGUUGGAGGCUACCAGAUUGGGGGCUAUGGAGGUCUUGCUGCUGGACAUCACAUUACCUAUGGUGGUCAGAGCUAUUGUGGCAUUCCAAGAAGCUACGUUGAGCUCAGAAAUUAUGCUGGCAGCGGUCAAAAUGACCAUUUCCAUGAAGUCAGCAUCAACAAACACCUCCUAAAACCACUCUGUAUAGGAGUUGACCCUGAGAUCCAGAAAAUACGCACUAAAGAGAAGGAACAGAUGAAAUCUCUCAACAACCAGUUUGCUUGCUUCAUUGAUCAGGUCCGAGGCCUAGAGCAGAGGAACAAGGUUUUGGUAACCAAAUGGAAUGUCCUGCAACAGCACAUGCCACCUGCUAGGACAGAUCUCGAUUCCCUUUUUGCAAGAUGCAUCUGCGGCCUACGCAAGCAGCUGGACUUCUUGCAGAAUGAAAAGGAGCAAAUGGAACCGCAGCUGCAGAACAUACAGCAGAGCAUAGAGGAGCUUAAAUGCAGGUACGAGGAGGAAAUCGACAGGCGCACGGCUGUAGAGAAUGAUUUUGUUCUGCUUAAGAAGGAUGUAGAUUGUGCUUUCUUGGAGAAGGUGGAGCUGGAAGCCAAGGUGGAAACAAUGAAGAGGGAGGCUGAAUUCCUGAGGCGUGUGCAUAAGGAGGAGGUUGCUCUGCUGGAAAAUCAGAUUCAGUGUCAAGCUUCAGUCAUGGUGCAGAUGGAUAACAAUCGAGACCUGGACAUGAACGCCAUCCUCCAGAAUGUCGAAUCCUGGUAUCAGAGCAUUGCACAAAGGAGCAAAGAAGAAGUGAAUACUUUGUACCGAAGCAGAUACCAGGAACUCCAGGACCAAAGAUGCCAAAUUAGCAACGAUCUGAAGAUCAACAAGCGAGAGAUUGCAGAGCUCAGCCGGAUGGUACAGAGACUGCAGUGUGAACUGGGAAAAACCAAGAAGCAGGUUGCAUGUCUACAGUUGGCCAUUUCUGAUUCUGAGCACCGUGGUGACUGCAGCCUUAAAGAUGCACAAGAGAAAUACGACGAUCUACACAGUUCCUUGAACCGGUCUAAAGAUGAGUUGGUAUGCAUGCUACGCAACUAUCAGGAGCUUCUGAAUGACAAGCUGGCACUGGAUAUUGAAAUAGCUACAUACAAGUCACUGCUGGAGGGAGAAGAAAACAGGAUAUUUUCGGGGAACCUUGCAAGUGUAGGAUAUUCUAACUUCAGGGGGGAUGGCAUCCAUGGAGUCAGGAUCAACGAGAAGCUCCUGAAGCCUUUACAUCUGGGAGUUGAUCCGCAGGAACAUGUCGUACGAAAUCAUGAGAGGGAAGAGAUGAAGAACCUCAACAACCAGUUUGCUGGCUUCAUUGAUAAGGUACGAACCCUAGAGCAGCAGAACAAGGUUCUUGAAACAAAGUGGAACCUCCUGCAAGAGCAUGUCACACCAGCAAAGAAAAACCUUGAACCGUUCUAUGAAAGUUUCCUCUCCAACAUGAAGAAGGAGCUAGACUGUUUACUGAAUGAAAGACAACAUCUAGCAAGUGAAGAGGCUGCCAUCCAACAACUGGUAGAAGAACUGAAGUGCAAAUAUGAAGAGGAAUUCAAAAGGCGUACAACAGCAGAAAAUGAAUUUGUACUACUCAAGAAGACUUUCUGUGAAUUGCAGGAAUUAGCACAGUUGGAUGGCCACGUCUGUGACACCAAUAUCCUUUUGCAAAUGGACAACAAUCGAGGCUUGGAUGUUGACUGCAUCAUCAAAAAUGUUGAGGCCUGGUAUCAGAGCAUCGCCCAAAGGAGCAAAGAAGAAGUCAAUGCUUUGUAUGAAAACAGGUUCCAAGAGCUCCAGGAGCAAAGAGGGAAAUACUCAGACAAUCUGAAGAUAAACCAGCACGAGAUUGCAGAUCUGACCAGGCUGGUCAAUAAGUUGCAGUCUGAGAAUGAUGCUAUUAAAAAGCAGGUUGAUGUUUUGCAAUCAGCCAUUUGUGAUGUUGAGCACCGUGGAGAUGGUGCUCUCAAAGAUGCUCGAGAUAAGCAUAUUGAGCUGCAGACAGCCCUGCAGAAGGCCAAGGAUGACCUAGCUGGCUUGCUGAGGGACUACCAUGAACUUCUGAACACCAAGUUGGCUCUGGAUAUUGAGAUUGCUACAUAUAAGACACUCCUGGAAGGGGAGGAGUGCAGGAUAGUCACAGGAAAUCUUGUUGCUAUGUUUUCAAGCCAACCUAUACAGAGGGCUCUGCUGGAUUCACUUCUUCAGGUGCACAUGGUCCUACAGGUGGUGGAUACAGUGGAGGACACAGUGAAGGACAUCGUGGAGGUUAUAGCGCAGGAGGCCAUGGGAGAUACAAGAGGAGCAAUGACUCCAGAAGUGUUGGAAACCACCCAAGGACUGUAG